AUGAUCAUAUGCAGGGAGAAGACUUCGAGGUUGUCACUGGAGCGCGAUAAAAAGACUCGACGGGAGAUAGCGAACAGCAAUGAGAGGAGACGCAUGCAGAGUAUCAACAGUGGCUUCCAACAACUCAAGGCACUCUUGCCCGACACUGAAGAUGACAAGAGGAGCAAGUCAGUGAUUCUGCAUCAAGCUGUUGAACACAUUGCCAAAUUGGAAAGUGAGAAAGCCCACCUUCUCAACCAGAACUCCAAACUGAUGUGUCUCGUUCAACAGGAGAUGGAUGGUCGCAUGGUUGUCAAGAGAAAGCGAAUGAACAGUGGUGGUGGCACCAGUGACGAUAGUGAUGUCAGCAACAUCGUUUCACCACUCAUCGUUGAAGGAAAAGUAGAUGCAUACUAUCAGACUGACAACGUUUUAAUGGUGAACAAGAUGGAGAAGUUGGUCAAGGAGCUGAGGGGUCAGCUGGAAGAUGAACGAAAGAAAAGAUUGGCAUGCGAACGACAGCUCGAUAGCAUCAAAGUUGCUCUCAAAUGUUCAUCAUCAACAUCAUCGUCAACUUCUUCAUCAUCGUCGGCGUUAUUAUCGACAACUUCUUCAUCAUCUCUGUCCCCAAUGUCAGCAUUGAUGUCAGUUCAGAAAUCUGCACAGAGCAGCAUACCAUGUACAUCUCUCCUGAGUGUUACAACAUCUUCCACGCAUCAAUCUGACGAUGGCAAGGUCAUUGAUGAGUCACAUCAUUGCCUUGAUGGUGAUGUUGCAGGUGAAGAUGCUGCUGGUAGAUGUGGUAAGAGUAGCAAUAAGGGUGCUCUUCUUCUGGCCAUUAGCACCACUGAUAAUGAUAACAUUAACAAUAAUAAUAUUAAUAACAAUAACAAAAUUGAAAAUAUUGAUAAAAAUAAUACUGACAAAAAUGAAAACAGCAAAGAGGAAGUUUCUGUAAUGAUCAGUUCAGUUGAUGUGAGUAUUUAUUUAUGUCCUAUGUUUAUAUAUGAUGUGAUUGUGCUAUAUGAUGUUUACCCAUUCAUAUCCUUUUUGAAAUAA